AUGUCGCCGCCUCGUCCCGCCACUACCUCGUCGGACCGCCUCCCCGUCUCCGUCGAUCGUCCCCGUCCUCCUCCCCACGGGUCGCCCCCGAGCCUCGACGCCCAUGUGCCCCUGCAAACGCCGGUGAGGCCCUCGGCCUCCGCCUCCCCUCUCCCCUUCCUUUCGUCCGCGCUCACCGCGCCCGGCCGCGUCCCGCAGCUCCGCACGACGCGAGCCCCGCACCUAUAUGCUAUGUGGCGCACUAGACCAGGAGGAUUCUAUGGUCUUCGAGCUGAAAUUAGUAUGUGGGGUUCACCAAAUCAAGAAUACUCUCAAGACUCCGGAGCAUCCAUACAAAUUUAUUGUCAAGAUGGAGGACACUACAACUUAAUUGAAGCCGGGUUUCAUGUAUCCCCUUCUUUGUAUCAUAACAGAGAUGUUCGUUUCUUCACAUAUUGGACGAAGGACUUUAAAUCAGCGAGCUGCUACAACUUGCGGUGCAAAGGAUUUGUUGCUGCAAGUGGAACUGCACUAGUGCCCGGGCAAGCGAUUACUCCUCCAUCAAGUUAUGGAGAGUAUGACCACUACAUUAGGCUUAGUCUUAAUAAAGAUCCCAAAUCCGAAGAUUGGGUGGUGUAUCGUCAUGAUUUGCAAACCCCAUCGUUCUUGGGUUAUUUUCCAGUGGAAUUUUGUUCCGGAACACCACGUAUAAAAGCAUUGACUGGAUUUGUCAAUUACUUAAAUAGUACUCGUGGUCCUCCAAUGGGCAGUGGCCACUUUCCUGAUGAGAAUGACGAUGACAAGACAACUGCGUACUUCAGGCAUGUUAAGAAUUAUGACUCCAAAGGUCGUGCUUUUGAACCAAUUACAGUUAAUAUGGCCCCCUUUAGUUGA